ACAAGUCUUCAGGAGGUGAAGGCUUGGGCACACAGACGUCUCUUUCUUAGUACUCGCUUAGCGUUUAGCUCCUGUAACGUAUUUGUUUGAAACGUAACACGGUGACUGCUCAAUACAUCACACACAUAGCACCUCAUCUGCCACAUUAUCAUCACAGGUCUCCGUAUUUACGCUUUUCCUCCAACUUUCCGGCCACAGAAUUUCUCAAGAAAAAAGCUUUGCAUGCCCUCAAAGCACCUAAACAGGAGCCAGAGCCACUGGUUCCCCUGAAACGUCCAAUGGAGGCUAAGGAUGCAAAAGAAAUGGCCAAAAAACUCAUCAAAUCAGGAGCCAUCAAAGUUCCAGAAAGACCACAGGCAGCCACUGAGAAGACGACAUUUAAACGCUCAAUGGGCUUGGAGAGAAAGUUAUCAGCUGCUGACAAAGCUCCAUCAGGUUAUCAGCCAUUUUCUACAACCCACCCUGAGGAAGAAAUUCAUGAGUCCAGGGUCAAAGUAAAGCAAAAUUUGUAUGACAGCUUUGUAACAGCACGUGACCGAGAGGAGCGUGGGGACUUUACUAGAGAUGGACGAGGAGCAGAUGGCAAACCCAGACAAGGACACACCAUUUAUGUGUAUGGAUAUCACAUAUCAGAGGAGGUGCUUAAAAAGGCUUUCUCCACUUUUGGGAACAUUGUCAAUGUUAACAUGGAGAUUGAAAAAAAUUGUGGCUUUGUUACCUUCGAUAAAGUUGAAUCUGCUGAGAAAGCUAUUGCUGAUAUGAAUGGCAGCAUGGUGUCUGGCAUCCAGCUCAAAGUGUCACUUGCACGUCGGCAACCUGUCAUUGAUCCAAUCAAUGAUGCUUCCUCUUCAGCCACUUGGUCCACCAUUGCUGCAAGUCACUCGCAGAAAGGCUCACACAAAGAUAAGAGGGAUCUGGUAGCCUAUGAUGAUGAUAUCUUCUGAGGCCACUGCUCCACCAUAGUGCAUAGGGAUCUUCUCAAAACCUCUUGAAUGGCUGCCUCUUUGGGUUCCUCAUGCUACCCAUUAUUGCCAUUAUGGAGGAUUGGACUUCGCUCAGCAGCUCUGACCUUAUCAGAAUUAAAUAAGAUUAUGUGUGUUGUAAGAAUCUUUGAUGAUUGCCAGUUGUAGAUGGUUAUUGACUUGUAAUGGAGGAGUUAAUAUUGUUGCAGUUCAUUCAGUUUUACUUCAUAAUGAACAGUAUAGUACAAGCAAGAUGCCAAGGUUCCCACCCUGUGAGGGCAUGCAAUGAUGUGAAAGGCAAUACAGGAGGAUUGCUAGUUAUUCAGUGUUCAAAUUUAUAAAGCACAUGCAUUUAUCUGGUCUUACUGAUAUAUUGGAAAAUUGUUUUAUUACAUAGUGCUUUAUAGCUGACAGAAAAGUGGCUGGAAAUGUACUUUGCUGAAAGGGGAAACAACACUCUAUCUUAUAUAUAUAUAUAUAUAUAUAUAUAUAUAUAUAUAUAUAUAUAUAUAUAUAUAUAUAUAUAUAUAUAUAUAUAUAUAUAUAUAUAUAUAUAUAUAUAUAUUUUAACAAGAGAAUACUGUGGACUAGAAGAGGUCUGAUACCCUCUUGUUUUGUGGUUUAUGUGGGAGAAAAAAAAAGUCAUGAUACAGCCCCUUUCCACAAACAAGGAGCACAGUAAGCAGUGCAGUACAUGCACAUACUGUCUCAGGCAACAUUUUUUUAGAGUACAUGAAUUAUUACAGAAACGUUUACAAGGACUUGCAUAGCCAUACAGAAGGUGAAGGAACAGGGAGAGUGAGAUGUGAAUGGUUACAGUGAUGGCACAAGAGGAACCAGAGUGGAAGCUAAAAGCAAGUGAAUAUUGAUUUGAAUUAUUAUUUUUUUUUUUUUAUCACUAUAUAUACAUGUACAAAUGUCAGAAGAGUUGUUGAAUAUGAAAGGAUAAGUAAUCCAUUUCAAGUGAAUAAAUAUAUCAUAUUUUUA